CAAUGGCAGAAAGGGACCCCUCCGAGUACAACCAUCAAUAUCAGAGCAGAUUCGAGGCAAGUGGGCGGUGGGUUGAAUCGCACAGAAAACAAAGAUGCCUCGAGAAGCGGAACCUUCUCUAAACGAGAAGCAGUUUGUGUUGCAAGCUCUUAAAGAAAACUUGCGACUCGAUGGUCGAGAAUUCGACCAAUACCGCGGCAUAGAGCUGCAGUUUGGGGACGAACAUGGAGUCGCGAAUGUCACACUUGGCAAGACGAGGGUUCUUGCGAAGGCGUCCGCCGAAGUGACUGUACCGUACACCGAUCGACCACUGGAUGGGAUAUUCACUAUCGCAACGGAGCUCAGCCCCAUGACGUCCCCGGCCUUCGAGUUAAACCGGCCGACUGAGACCGAAGUCCUAUUAUCGCGCCUCCUCGAGAAGACUGUUCGCCGGUCCGGAGCUCUGGAUACGGAGUCCCUAUGUCUAGUCGCCGGGCAGAAGUGUUGGUCCGUCAGGGUGGACGUCCACGUCAUGUCGCACGACGGCAAUCUUAUCGACGCUUCAUGCUUCGCCGUGGUAGCGGCCCUACGGCAUUUCAGGAAACCCGAUACGAGCAUAGAGGGAGGGGUCUUGACCAUCUACACCCCGGCCGAGCGGGAGCCGGUUCCCCUGGGCUGGCUCCAUUCCCCCUUCUGUGUCACAUUCAGUUUCUUUGGCGACGAGGGGGAGACGACACUGCUGGACGCGACAUUGCUCGAGGAGCAGGUGAGGGUGGGUAGCUGUACGAUCAGCCUGAAUCGUCACGGGGAAAUCUGCCAGAUCGCGAAGCUCGGAGGAACCCCGGUGGAGGCGGUGGUGUUGCUGCAGUGUACGAGUGUUGCAUUGACCAAAGUCAAGGAUCUAUCGACCUUCUUGGACAAGAUGCUCGCCGAGGACGCGAAAAGGAGAGACCGGGGAGGACUUGUGGCAGAACUUUCGGCCGAGAACGAUAGAUAGAAUGCGUUUGGGAAGGGCUUAGAAAAAGGGUUUUGGGAUUGGGAGUCAAAGGCAAGAUACCCCCCUUACAACACCACCUCGCUGCCCCCUAGGCGCGAGAGUUUUGGGUACCGUGGAUGUUGCCCUCUCCAUCGAAUACGGUCGAAGAUGCGGCAAUCUAAAAGCUAGAGCCGCCAAG